AUGGAUCGAAUGAGGCCGGUGUAUGUCAGGCAGAAGAGCGGUGGCAGCACCCCCGGACCACCAACCUCGCCAAUGAAGUCGCCAAUGCACCACCAUGGGAGGUCGGGGUCGGUUGGAAUGGGGGGUGCCAAGAAAGCGCAGCACACGAAAGCUGCGGCUCAAAGACUUGCACAUGUGAUGGCCAAUAAACCAACUGAGGACGACGAUGAGGAGGACGACGACCUUUCUUAUGAUCUUAGCAGCUUGUCAAGCAGCACAGGGAGCAUCGGACUUGCCGGUGGAAGAUCAAUGCGCCCUCGCUCCCCAAUGUCAGUUCGUACUGUUCAAGAUCAACCUACAUCUACACGCACAACACCGGGUGGCCGAUCAUCUCAAUCUGUCAAUCCUGUGGAACAGCCAUCUUCAACUCAUUCAACACCAGCUAGCCGAUCAUAUCAAUCCUUAAACCAAGCAGAACAGCCAUCAUCUGCUCAUUCAACGCCAGCAAGCCGACCCUUUCAAUCCAUCAACACUAAAUCCAUAAACUCUGCUGCCGAACAACCACAUUCUCUUCGUUCUUCAAUAGCUACUAGACCAUUGCAGCAGUCUAGUUCCAACGAACAACCUACCUCUGCUCGUUCUAUGUCAGCCAUGAACUCUGUAGAACAACCACAUUCUAUUCGUUCUGGCAUGGCUGCAACUCGAUCAUCUCAGCCUACCAACUCUGUCGAACCACCUACCUCUGCUCGGUCUAUGUCAGCCAUGAACUCUGUAGAACAACCAUAUUCUAUCCGUUCUGGCAUCGCUACUCGAUCAUAUCAGCCUACUAACUCUGUGGAACAACCUACCUCUGCUCGUUCCUUAGCCGCUGCUCGUCCACAAUUAGGAACCAAGCCAGUCCACAUGGUACCAGCUAGUGUACCUAUAUCACUUAGGCCACCCUCUUCUGCAGAUGGUCCAGUUGAUAAUCGGAGAGAGCCAGUACCUGUAUCACUUAGGCCACCCUCUACUGCCAUUCUAUCAGAAGCUGCUGCAGUUGACAAUCGGAGAGAUAAAAGGUUGUCUAUGGAUUUAGGCAGUUUAAACAUGAGAGAAACUAGGACUCAGCGUUCUUCUGCUUUACAAGAUGAGCUUGAUAUGCUACAGGAAGAAAAUGAAAGUUUACUUGAAAAGCUUCGACUUGCAGAAGAGAGGUAUGAGGAAACAGAGGCAAGAGCUCGACAGCUCGAGCAACAGGUUGCUACUCUUGGAGAAGGUGUAACAUUAGAAGCCCGUCUUCUAAGCAGAAAGGAGGCAGCACUGCAGCAAAGGGAGGCUGCUUUGAGAUUGGCUGCACAAACUCAUGGUGGCAGUGGUGGCGGUAGUGGUAGAAAUGAUGAAGCAGAGUAUGAACUGAAAUCGCUUCGGAUUAUGACUCAAAGAAUGAUACUUACUCGCGAAGAGAUGGAAGAGGUGGUCUUGAAGAGAUCUUGGCUUGCUCGGUACUGGAGUUUAUGUGUUGAACACGGUAUUCAUGCUGAGAUUGCCACAUCAAGAUAUGAAUUCUGGUCAGCUCUUGCUCCUCUUCCUGUUGAAGCUGUUUUAGCAGCUGGAGAGAAAGCUAAGGAGGAGAUAGAACACAAUGAUCUAGAUAUAGAUGAAAGAGAAGAUAGUCCACGCAAUUUGAAUGAACUCUCGGGAGAGAGAAACAUUGAGAGCAUGCUUUUAGUGGAGAAAGGUCUGCGCGAAAUAGCUUCAUUGAAGGUAGAGGAUGCAGUGGCGCUGGCGAUGGCUCAACAUCGACGACCCAGUUCAAUGAAAACUGGUCUAUCAGAGUUGAAGCUACCAAUUGAUGGACAGUUUGAAGCAUUUGAACUAAGCAAAGAGGAGUCUGAAGAUGUGCUUUUCAAGCAGGCAUGGCUUGCAUAUUUCUGGAGAAGAGCCAAAAACCAUGGGGUGGAAGCAGAUAUAGCAGAUGAGCGUUUGCAAUUCUGGAUCAACCACAACUCCAAAUCACCCACCACUUCACAUGACGCAGUUGACGUUGAGCGUGGCCUUCUGGAGCUGAAGAAGUUGGGCAUUGAAACCCAGUUGUGGAGAGAAUCUCGCAAGUGGCUUGAGCAUGAUUCGAUGCAUAGAACCCGAACUAUGUUCCAACAGGGCACACCUUACCCAUCAUGGGCAAGGAGCAACCAACAUUUUCUCCACCUACCUUCCCCCUCCACUUCUUGGGUUAACCUCGAGGGCUAA